ACGUACAAUAAUAUCGAGAGCACAAAGAUGGCGGCCUCCCUUCUGCGGCUAGGACGAUUCGGAUUAUUGAAGCAGGAUGGCUGGGGUGCACUGAGAACCCCACUCACUGCGGCCUUAUGCACUAAAGCACAGCCACCCAAGAAACCUGCAAAGAAAGCUUCAAGUAAGACCUCAGAGGCCCUGGACGAGAGGGCAUCUCUGCUAGCCUACAAGACUACUGUUGCCUUCCCUGCUAGACUUUCUCCUUCAGGAUUUCUCAGUCAAGGGGCUACACUAGGUGAAGAUAAGCAAAGUGGGGAUCCCGCUAGUACAGAACCCCCUUUGUUAAAAUCAGUCACUGCCGCUCAAAAAGACGCAACAAGUCCAACUAGUGCUGAGGUGAAGACACCGAAAUCUGAAGUUAAACUUAAAGAUGAUAACGCUACAUCUUCCUCAUCUAGUGAUUCAGAUUCCGACUCGGAUUCUGACUCGGAUUCUGAUGAUGAAAAACCUGACAAGACCAAACAGAAAGAACCAGUCUUCCAGACCGAAGAUAAAACAGGACAGAAAGAAAGAAAGUCCUCUUCUGUGACUGAAGAGACUGCUUCGUACCUGAAGACCAAAGCUGUUCCUGAACACCGGCAAACUGAUUCCGUUCCUAAAGAAGCACCUGAAGAUGCCAAAACAGUGAGUAAACCCAUGUCCAAAAAAGUGUCUGCUCCAAGCAAGGCAGUGUCCUCAUCGGAGGACAUAGUCGACCCUGCUCCUGUCUUAUGCACAGCUGACAGUGUUAAAGCUCCAGCAGGGGUUAAACCAGAAAAAGAAGCAGGUGUGAAAGUGAAGACUUCAAAAAUCCCUGAACGCGUCCCUAAAGAAGCCCCUGAUGUGGCUGCCACACCCAAACCAGAAGUCGUCUGUGAUUCUACUCCCGAAACAGCAUCCGAACCCAAAGUCAAAAUCAAACCUGUAUCAAAGACGACAGAAGCGGUCGCUGCUGCUGAAGAGUUAGUCGACCCCGCUCCUGUAGGCACUGAUGCAGAAGAACUCUGCAGAGCCGAACCUGAAGUAGCAGCUGCACCAGAGGAAGCUGCUGCAGCAGCAGCACCGGCGCCCGAGCCUGCACCCGAGCCAUUCGAUAACACCUCAUACAAGAACCUGCAACAUCACAGUUACAACACGUACACGUUCGUGGACAUGGAUGUGGAGAUGGCCAACCAACGUAUGCCCCAGCCCUCUACGGGAAGGCCCUCACCCAAGCACUGAUCUCUCCCUCAGGGGGGCCUGUGAUCUCCUUCCUGUUCUCCACAGGGAUUCAUGUCCUACUGCUCCUGCGUUGCGCCGAUUUGUCUUUCAGAUGCUUGAUCACAUUGUCUGAUGAAAUGCUUGCAAUCACAUUAAAGCAUUUACAGUAAUUAAACAAUUUAAAA